GAAUGUCAUCGUCGUCGCAUCAUGGCUCGCAAGGUCCCCUGGUCAAUUACACUCUAGGCGACUGUCUGGGAAAGGGGGCUUUCGGCGCGGUGUACAGAGCAUUGAAUUGGCAGAAUGGCCAGACUGUCGCCGUCAAGCAAGUCAAACUGGGAGAUAUACCGAAGAGUGAGGUAAAUAGCCUCAUGGUGGAGAUUGACUUACUGAAGAAUCUGGAUCAUCCGAAUAUCGUACAGUAUCACGGCUUUGUUAAGACACCCGACUAUCUGUACAUCAUAUUAGAAUACUGCGAGAACGGCUCAUUGCAUAGCAUCUGCAAGAACUUUGGCAAGUUCCCCGAAAACCUCGUUGCAUUGUACAUUGCCCAAGUGCUUGCUGGUUUACAAUAUCUUCACGAUCAGGGUGUCAUUCACCGAGACAUCAAAGGCGCCAACAUUCUCACAACAAAAGAUGGGUUGGUCAAGCUAGCAGAUUUUGGUGUUGCUACAAGGAGCUCUGCGAUCAGCGACGCAACCGUGGUAGGAAGUCCCUACUGGAUGGCACCGGAGGUGAUCGAGCUGAAUGGUGCAACCACCGCAAGUGAUAUCUGGAGCGUUGGAUGCACUGUGAUUGAGUUGCUGGACGGCCGUCCACCAUACUACAACCUCGAUCCCAUGCCGGCCCUGUUCCGCAUCGUCAACGAUGAUCACCCUCCAAUACCUGAAGGCGCAUCACCCGCUGUUCGAGAUUUUUUGAUGCAGUGCUUCCAGAAAGACCCGAACUUGAGAGUGUCCGCAAAGAAAUUGUUGAAACAUCCACUUAUCAUGGCGGCAAAGAAAGGAGAGGCCUUUAACUCCGUAAUGGAUCAGCCAACCACCAAGUACGAUGAUGCGGUCAAGAGUGUUCAACAAUGGAAUGAAGCUUUGAGGACGCCACAACUAUCCGCAAACGGCGGAGCGAUCCUACGUCGGAUGCCCAGAUCGAACAACCUACAAGUACCAAGCCCCAACGGAAAUCGGCGUAGCGGUAUCGACUUUGCGACGGUUGUGAGACCACCGCCAGUCAUGCAUGUCACCGCUGCACCGAAGAACGCAGCGAAGACCUUUCAGUCACCAGAACACACCUUUGCGGAUAACUGGGACGAUGAUUUUGACUCUGAUGCUUCUAUAAAGCUAAGGAGACCGUUUCAUCGGUCCGAAGGCAAGGCGGUUGGUUUAGGUAUACAAAGAAGCCUAACCCCGAUUCCAUCGCUAGGCGGAACAAAAAUUAGAAGUCCCGAGCCGAGUGCGGAUGACUGGAGCGACGAUUUUGAGGGAGGGCUAUCCCUAAGCAAAUUCAAGGGCCUGGGCAUUUCUGGAGCCACGUUUGAUGACGACCAGAUGAAGACAAUUCGUCCUUCUUCGGCCAAUAGGAAAGCGUUACCGCCGCUGCCGCAUGCAAAGUCCUAUCCUCAGCCGCAGCUAAAGAAUGAUUCAAACACCAUUCAUCCAUUCACGGGGAACGGCGAUGAGACGAUCCGGUUUUCUCCAAAAGCACGAUCUUCCACCAUUCAUUCUCCGAAUCAAAAGAAACGGGCUACAUCGCCGUGGAUGAACUUGGGUUCGCCUCGAGGCAUUGCUUCGGGAAGCAGUAUGGAGGACUACUCCCAUUGGUUUGCUUCAGAGACAGAUGAUUCUUUUGCCCAGAAGGUGGAUAACAUGAACAAGGACAAUUCGAUGUCGCCGCGGCUGUUUCAUCCUUCAGACUUGCAAGGAGUCGAACGGCCUGUUCCAAGCCCAAGUAUGCACCGCCGAGGGUCAAGCCAGGCUGAUCCCGAUUUUAUCCCACUAAGGCAUUCGCAGUCUUUAGCUGAAAUUGCACGUUUCGCUGAAAACGAAGAAGAGGAGAAUGACUAUUCCGAGGUAUUUGGAAGAGACAGCUUCAGAAAGGUCAUUAGGUCUGACAACGAAGACCCGAAGCUGAACACGAAGCUCUCGGACAAAUCAUGGCUAGGCGAUAAUACCGAUGAGGAUGAUCCUUUUGCUGAAAUUGACGAAGAGUUCGACGAGAUGAGCCUCGACGCCAAUAUCGCAAGGGACAAGUAUGCCAAGCUGUGUUCGCGCAUUGAGCAGUUGACGGUUUCUCUUCGAACAAAUGAAGCCGAACUCGUCCUUGUCGGAAUCUGCGAGGAGCUGUUAGGCAUUUUCGAGGAUAAUCCGGCAUUGACGGCAAACUUCAUGCUCGCGCAUGGCCUUCUACCUGUAUUGGAGAUCCUCGAGGUCUGCAAGCGACGUGAUUUGAUACAUCGAUUACUAAAUAUUCUGAACAUGGUCAUUGCCGAUGCCCCAGAAGCACAGGAGAACUUAUGCUUCGUGGGUGGUAUCUCGGUGAUCAAUAAGUUCUGCUCGAAGAAAUACGCAAAUGAUAUCCGACUUGAAGCGGCGUUGAUCGUGCAAUGCAUUAUGCAAACCUCGACGCUUUCUCUUCAGAUGUUUGUGAGUUGUCGCGGUUUGGAUGUCCUGGUGGGCUUUCUCGAAGAGGACUACGAGACACUUAAGGAGCUCGUAUGGAUUGGCGUUAACGGGAUUUGGAGCGUCUUUGAGCUGCAGGGCGCUACUCCGAAGAAUGACUUUUGCAGGAUCUUCGCAAAGAGCGGUGUUUUGGAUCCUCUUUCGUUGACAUUGCAGCACAUCUUGCAGGAGGAAGAUGAAUAUGCGCAGAUCUGCGCCGACAGGAUUGUGCACCUACUGUUACUCUUCAGUCAAGCAGACGCUUUCGUGAAGUCUUUGCUAGCUACGAGAACUGUCUUGCGACGUGUUAUGAGGUUGCUACCCGACCUCACGUCAACGCAGCUAGUCGUCAUACUCAAAGUCGUCAAAAACAUAUCGAUGGAUGAGCAUACUCUUGACAUGCUGCAGAACGCGAAUGCCAUUGAGAUCCUGACUGAAACGCUCAUCGCAAGCAAGGACAUCCCUCAAUACAAAGAGAUCUCAAACCAAAUCUUGAAUACCAUGUACAACCUCUGUCGCUUGAGCAAGACACGCCAAGAGGAAGCGGCACUGGCUGGUCUUGUACCCGUGCUCAUGAGAAUUGUUCAAGCAGAAAGGCCUCUCAAGCAAUUCGCUUUACCCAUCUUGUGCGACUUGGCACACGCUGGCAAGACUUGUCGGCGCAUUCUCUGGCAGCAUGAUGGGCUACAGUUCUAUCUGUCUUUACUGAGUGAUCCCUAUUGGAUGGUGAAUGGGUUGGACAGCAUUCUGAUCUGGUUUCAGGAUGAACCAAGUCGCGUGGAGGAGAUCCUGACAGCAGAUGAAACUAUCGAGUUCGUCGUUACGGCGUUUGCAACAUCAAAAGCCACUGCUUUCGAAAACAUACUGGAGCCUCUGCAACGGUUAUUGCGCCUGAGUGCCACGCUUGCGCAAGCACUUUCUCGGCCGCUUUUCAUAAGGAAGCUGCUGGAAAGACUACAACACAGCAAAGCCAUUGUGCGUUUGAGUUUAUUACGCAUUUUAAGAAGCCUGUGCGACGCUAGCCCUGACCCGCGCCGUCUUGUAUUGUUCUAUGGACUGCGUGAGGUCAUUGACAGACUAGCUGAGCAUGACAGUGCCGUCCUCGUUCGAGAGCUCGCCAAGGAGAUAUUGAACCAGCGAUGGAUGAGCCCAGAAGUCGCAAGUCGGUGCAGUAGCCCACUCAAGCACGACAGUACGAGAUACUUUGACGCCAAAGAAGUCAUUGGUAAUGUGGGACUUGACAGAUCCGCCCGACACAUCCCAUCUUUGCCGGACAACGAUGGGAGCGGUGGUACAUCAGUACGUUACGGGAGUGGUUUUAGGCGGCGUUGACAAAUGUUAUCUAUUUGCAUUCAAUGAUUCCAUUUAUCUACGAUGCAUGGGCGUUGUGAUACCCUCGUUCUUGAAGAGAAUAUUGUACAUACAGUCUAACCCUCUCACGCUCCCGUGACUUUCCUAACGUGGUUAGCGUCGUUCGAGGCUACAAAAUUCCCGGCGAGCCCAGGG